UCCUUUUACGGCUACCGAAUCACUCGCCGCCGUUUUGACGGCGGCGGCCCAAUCCGCGCCUCCCAUUCCAGUUCCAGGCAGUCUACUUUACGCUGUGGGGAGUAUAAAAUACUCCGCCAUCACCACGCCCCAGCUGCGCGGCAGCGGAAGCCGCCUCCUCCCUCCUCCCGACCUGCUCUGCUCUGCUCCCCCUGCCCAGAUCUCCACGCCGCGCCGCCGUUCCCCCACCCCAUGGAGCACGACGCCGAGGCGCGCCGCGGGUUCGCCAGGAUGGGCUUCGGGUGCAAGCACUACCGGAGGAGGUGCCGGAUCCGCGCGCCCUGCUGCGGCGACGUCUUCCACUGCCGCCAUUGCCACAACGAGUCCACGAAAGACGGGCACGAGCUCGACCGCCACGCCGUCCAAUCGGUCAUCUGCCUUGUUUGCGACACCGAGCAGCCGGUUGCCCAGGUGUGCUGCAACUGCGGAGUUUGCAUGGGCGAGUACUUCUGCAGGACGUGCAAGUUCUUCGACGACGAUGUUGACAAGGAGCACUACCAUUGCAAAGACUGCGGCAUCUGCAGAGUUGGAGGGAGGGAAAACUUCUUCCACUGCGAGAAGUGCGGAUCGUGCUACUCGACGACCCUGCGGGAGAAGCACUGCUGCAUCGAGAACUCGAUGAAGAACAACUGCCCCAUCUGCUACGAGUACCUGUUUGAUUCGUUGCGGGAGACGUCGGUGCUCCGGUGUGGGCACACGAUGCACCUGCAGUGCUUCCACGAGAUGUUGAAGCACGACAAGUUCUCUUGUCCCAUAUGCUCGACGUCUAUCUUCGACAUGGACAAGUUCCUGAGGGCCCUGGAUGCAGAGAUGGAAGCAAGCUACUGUUACAUGGGAAAGGGAUGGGUCGUGUGCUACGACUGCUGGGACACGACGCAGGUCUUCUCCGGCGUCACGGGACACAAGUGCUGCCACUGCCAGUCGCACAACACCUGCAGGGUCGCUCCCCCCGUCCUCCCGUAGCCAGCGGGUCUCGACAGAUUAUUGUUCUGGAUUCAUCCGUCGAUCUCUACCUAUACGAGUCAGCGGCGAAGAUACACACAGUAUCAUUAUAGCUUCCAUACUCUUCCAUGUAUUCUAUUCCAGUCCAAGAUGAACUGCGGCAUGUUCGUCUCACUGCACAAUUAAUACUCUUCCAUGUAUUCUAUUCCAGUCCAAGAUGAACUGCGGCAUGUUCGUCUCACUGCACAAUUAAUACGCAGAGUCCGACUCACGACGCAUUUGUACCGCAAAGAAGGUUCUUGUCACAGCAAUUUUGGUGUCGCUCAAAAUUUUGAUGCUAAA